CUUUUAAAUACUGAGCUUCAUUUCCAGGAACCUAAACCAAAUGAAGCAAUUACCUAAGAACAAAUGCAUCAUUAAAACACAGCAGCAGCAGCAUCUAAAGUAAAGUAAAGAUUAAAAAAUAGCCAUUGCAUUAAAAAGUACAGCAAUACUUGCACAAGUGGGCAGCCUCUAGGCUGUGGAAUAAACUUGUGUCACCACAGCCCCUGUCAGUACAGUGACCAAGAGGGAGCUCCACAUGUCUGGUACUCCAGACUUCUUAAAGGGAUAUUUAGAACAAAAAACUUUAUCGUCUUUUGAACACUUGCUGCCUCUUUAGAAGUUUCCCCCUCUAUUAAAACCUUAGUACUUUCCUUCGUUUUUUUUUUUUGUUUUGGUUUGGUUUUUUGCAAGUUCUUUCAUUUUUCAUUUCUUAAACCUCCCAUUCAACAACUGUUUUGGCUUUUAAUGAAGGGAAUUUUUCUGCAUCCAGCAAACUGUAAACCAUGUCGCUUGGAUACAGCAAAAAGCUGAAAUUCCACAGAUUUACAUAGUCAUACAUUGUGUUGGGGGGGGAAGUGUGCUGGGCGUUCUUUGAUUUUUGUAUCUUGCAUUAGCAUUUGUAAGCAUUUGAGAAAGGGAAAAAUAUAAAGAAAGGAGAUAUAAAGGGAAAAUAAUAAAGAGAGGGAAAGAGAGAAAAAGGAGGGAAAGAGGGAAAGAGGGAAAGAGGGAAAGAAAGAAAGAAAGAAAGAAAGAAAGAAAGAAAGAAAGAAAGAAAGAAAGAAAGAAAGAAAGAAAGAAAGAAAGAAAGAGAAAGAAAGAAAGAAAGAAAGAAAGAAAGAAAGAAAGAAAGAAAGAAAGAAAGAAAGAAAGAAAGAAAGAAAGAAAGAAAGAAAGAAUGCUGUGAUGAGUGCAAAAUAUAACCUUUUCUUUUUAAAAGUUUGUGCUGUCCCUCUUGUUUAGCACCAGUGCUGCUCACUCUCUCCCUUCAAGACGCUUCAGAGCUGUUAAGCAUCUAGGGGUGAUAAUUUGACUUUCAGCUAAGCCGGAGGGCUGCAGCAGACAGCAGUAGGUGGUGAUGUAAUAGGUACCAACGCACAUGGAUAUAUAAAUAUCGUGGCUAGGGCUAAAGCGCUAUGGCUGAGCAGCUAUAGAAGAAGAUCAGCACUUCAGACAAGACUCCUGGAGUUGAGAUCAAGUUCAGAAGCUCUUGCUCUCGGGAUUUCCUCUCCAUGCAGCCAGCCCAGGGAAACCGCAGAUCCUCGGGGGAUUGAGCAUUCAGCUCCGUCCCUCCCUCCCUCUCCGCUUUGCUGUCUGGUUUUCUUUUUUCUCCUUUUUUUAAUAUUUCUUUUCUGUUUGAUUUUUUUGUUGGUUUUAUUUUUUUUUUCCUCCCCUUCUCUGACCUCAGUAUAAAGUGGGAGCUGGGGGUAGAGCUUAUUUUCGGAGCGACCGGCGGCCGGCCCGUGGCUACCCGCCCCUAAGCCGGGAUGCCUUUCCCCGCGGCGCUGCUGCCGGCGCUCCUCCUGGGGCUGCUGUGGCCAGGGGCGGUGCGUGGCCGGUCGCCCCCUGGUCGCCUCCCAGCCGGAAUCCGCCAGCGCCGCUGGGACGCGGCUCUUUUCGCCCGCUCCGUCGCUCGCCUCCCGGCUGAGCGCCGCGAUGCCGCCCGCGACGGCGACUACCUCCUGGGCAUCAAACGGCUGCGGCGCCUCUACUGCAACGUGGGCAUCGGCUUCCACAUCCAGGUCCUGCCCGACGGCCGCAUCGAUGGGAUUCACAGCGAGAACCGAUACAGUCUGCUGGAAAUUUCUCCUGUGGAAAGAGGAGUGGUGAGCAUAUUUGGUGUCAAAAGUGGACUCUUCGUGGCCAUGAACAGCAAAGGCAAACUCUAUGGAUCUGCCCAUUUCAAUGAUGAGUGCAAAUUCAAAGAGAUUCUCCUGCCAAACAACUACAAUGCUUAUGAAUCCAGGAUUUAUCCCGGGAUGUACAUAGCCCUGAGCAAAAAUGGAAGAACAAAGAAAGGCAAUAAAGUAUCUCCCACAAUGACAGUGACACAUUUUCUUCCUAGAAUCUGA